AUGCAAGAACUUAAAAGCGAAAAGCAAAGUUUAAUUACACUGCUGAAUACUUCAGGGCGAAAAUGCGCAGACAGAUCAGGACAAAGGGAUACAAAACUUAGAAAGCGAAAAGGAGAGCCUGUCAACUACAUUAAGAAUCUUGCAACAAGAUUUGGUAAAUACUCAGCACAACAAAUG